AUGACAGUGGAGGUGGCCGUGGGUAUGGUGUUGGGUGCUGCGCAAACUCUAUUUGCAGCAUUACAAUGCAAGGAAUUGAAAGAGUUCUACUCUAAAUUUAAGUAUGAUUCGCAACUUGAGGCACUCCGAGGCACCGUCGAAACCAUCCAGAAAGUCCUCCUUGAUGCGGAUUCCCGGCAUCUCGAGCUCAACAAUCAGGGGUUGGAGUGGGUUAACAAGCUCAAGGAUGCUGUCUAUGAAGCUGAUGAUUUGUUCGACAAGUUUGCCACGGUUGCUCAGCAACAUAAAAGGAUGCCUGGCAGUAAGAUUCCGAAAAAGGUACACGCUUUCUUUUCUAGUGAAAAUCAGUUGCUUUUUCGCUUUAGGACAUGUAAUGAGAUUAAGGAGAUUAGAAAGAAGCUAGAUGGUGUUGCUAAAGAUCAUACUCAGUUUGGGUUUAGUGAUGUGUAUAGGCCAGUUAAGAGAAAAGAGGAAACUUGGUCUUAUGUCCAUCAAGAUAGUAUUAUUGGGAGAGAUACUGAUAAGGAGGAGAUUAUGGGUAUGUUGUUGAGAGAAUCAGAUUCUUCGGUUGAUAGUGUUUCUUUUGUGAGUAUUGUCGGGAUGGCAGGACUAGGCAAAACUGCUCUUGCUCAACUUGUGUACAAUGAUGUUAGAAUUAAUGACGAAUUUGAUUUGAAGUUGUGGGUUUGUGUCUCUGAUGAUUUCAUCAUGCAAGAAAUCCUUUGUAAGAUGUUGAAGUCGGCCACUGAGCAAGAUCAUGGUGAUAUAGGAGCUGAAGGGGUGCAGAAUAAAGUGAGACAUUGUAUAGAAGGGAAAAAAUAUUUCCUUAUUCCAGAUGAUUUGUGGAACGAAAGUCGUGAUGAAUGGCUCAAGUUGAGAGACUUCUUGCAAGUAGGUGCGAGAGGAAGCCGAGUUGUGGUGACUACACGCUCAGAAAGGGUGGCAGGAGCUAUAGGAGACUAUCCAAUGUUCAGAUUGAGAGGUUUGUCAGAUGAUUAUUCUUGGCGUUUGUUUAAGAGAGUAGCAUUUAAUUUAGGGAGUAGAGAGAUUGAUGAUGACCUUGUGGACCUUGGUAAAAACAUCGUUAAAAAAUGUGCAAAUGAUUACGGGAUUCAGAAAGAGUUAUUGAUCCGUCUAUGGUCUGCACAAGGGUAUCUUGAACCUAUCAAUGAUAUGCAAAACACAGAAGAUGUCGGUGAGGAGUAUUUUUCAAUUUUAUUGCAGAGAUGUUUUUUCCAAGAUGUUGAAUAUUAUCAUGGUGAAAUAGGUUCUUGUAAAAUGCAUGAUUUGAUUCAUGAUCUUGCACAAGAAAUUGCAGGAAAGGAGUCGUACUUGAUGGAGGACACUAGCAAAAGCCCUUUUGAUAGAAAAUCUCGUCAUCUCGCUAUUUUAGUUAGGCGCUCUCUGGUGCUUAGUCCAAGUGAUACUUUUAGCAAAUUGAGUGGAUUGCGUACGCUUCUCCGGCAUCAUUGGCUGGAAUGUGAAUCACAUGUGUCCACAAUAUUAGCAAACUGCAGGCGUUUGAGGGUGUUGGACUUGCACAAGCUUAAGAUAAAAGCUUUAACAAGUACAAUAAAGAACCUUUUGCAUUUAAGGCUAGAAGAGUUGCCUAAGGACUUGAGGGAACUAGUCAAUCUUAAGCAUUUGGAGAUGACAUAUUGCCUUAGUUUGACUCAUAUGCCAUUGGAAUGGAUAGUAUGA